AUGAUCUGCCGAAGCUGCCUGUCGCGCGCCUCGGUGCUGGCCCGGCCACUCGCCCAGUCCCUGGCCCAAAGGACACCCGCCGCGGUGUCGACGCCCUUCCUCCGUCCGCUGUCCACGACCCUCCGAGUGCGCAACGCUGCGGCAGCACCAGCAGCCACGCCAGCCGAGCCGUCAGACGCAGCACCCGCGCUCAGCACGCCGCUCGGGGACAGCGCCGCGGCCGAGGCCAAGCCCGUGCUGUCGUCGUGUCCCGAGGGCACCAUCCUGACGGGACUCAACUACUUCAAGAACAAGACGGACCCCGUGGCGCUGGCCGACGACGCAUACCCGACGUGGCUGUGGAGCUGUCUGGACGUGACGGUGAAGAAGACCGACGAGGGCGCCAACGACGACGCCGAGGCCGAGUUCUCGAAAUCCAAGAAGCAGCGCCGGCUGGCGGCCAAGCGGCAGCGCGCGCUCGAGGCGCGGCUGCUGGCCGAGGGCAACCUCGAGGCGCUGGCGCCCAAGAUCCCGCUGCAGCAGCAGUCGAUCAACCUGCCGGGCAACGACGAGGGCACGCCCGAGGGCGCGCGCGCGGCCGCCGAGGCCCGCGAGGAGCUGCGCCGGGCCAUGCGCAAGGAGCGCCGGGCCAAGAUCAAGGAGAGCAACUACCUCAAGAGCAUGUAA